ACGUCGCAAUUGUCGUCAUCACGUACGUCUGUCUUGGAUGGCAAAACAAUUUAUGUAGAUGAAUCCUUCUGAUUAAACGGGAUUUGUGGCAAUUUUUGAAACGCCAAUAAGUUAUUUAUUGACAUUUCAGCACUCGAAGACCUUGAAUCCAUCAAUGGAAAUGACAGAAACAUAUGAUUUCCUUUUUAAAUUCUUGGUGAUUGGAAGUGCGGGAUCAGGGAAAUCCUGUCUUCUCCAUCAAUUUAUAGAAAACAAGUUCAAGCAGGACUCCAGCCAUACCAUCGGGGUGGAGUUUGGCUCCCGGGUGGUAAUGGUCGCUGGCAAGACGGUCAAGUUGCAGAUCUGGGACACAGCUGGACAGGAGCGAUUCCGAUCAGUGACUCGCAGUUAUUACAGAGGGGCAGCAGGGGCUCUCCUGGUUUAUGACAUCACCAGUCGGGAAACUUACAAUUCCCUGACCAACUGGUUGACAGACGCUCGGACACUGGCCAGUCCAAACAUCGUCAUUAUCCUCUGUGGGAACAAGAAGGACCUAGAAGCUGACAGAGAGGUCACUUUCCUUGAGGCAUCCAUUUUUGCCCAGGAGAAUGAAGUGAUGUUCCUGGAGACGAGCGCCCUCACCGGAGAAAAUGUGGAGGAGGCCUUCCUCAAAUGUGGUCGCACCAUCAUCAACAAGAUAGAGUCAGGUGAGUUAGACCCAGAGCGGAUGGGCUCAGGGAUCCAGUAUGGUGACACAACGGUGAGGCAGCUUCGCCAGUCGCCACAGGCUGGCUCAGAACAGGGCAGAGAUCAGUGCAACUGUUAAAGGCUAAUGCUAACCCAGCUCUAAGACACACAAAUCCCAUGUCUCCAGGCUUUUAGAGGACUGCCCUGUGACUUUUGACCACUGCUCCUGGAAAAUUGCUGGAGAGACCCUGUGUGGAACUUAAGGCUGGGUUAGCGUCUGGAUCAGGAACUGUGAUGUGAGUAUCUGGGUCCAGUCAUUGAGCUACUCUUCUCCAGGCCUUUCUCUCUCUGACUACUGCUCCGCUGUGCAUCGCCAGGGACUACAAGUGACAUCAGCAGAGAGACCUGACCAAUCAGAGCCAGGCCCAUGGACACACAUCAGGAUGUUUGUUUUCAAUGUCUUUAUUCAGAAGCAACAGCCACAGCAGCUCAUACACCUCUCACUGUUCACUCUAUUGAUAUAAAGCUGGUGAAAGUCGGGCCAAAGCUUGUAGACAGUGAAGGGACUGACAUGGUGUAAGGAGAACACAACACCAGACAUUUGUGUUCGAUCUCUAUAAAAGUUUAGCCUAUUUAUUGGUUGUGUUGAAAAAUGUUGUGAAUAUAUCAAAAGGAAAUAACAUUUGUGACAUUGGUGUACAAUGUUUUAUGAGACUGUAAAAAGCAGGGAACUUCUAUGGUAGUCACAGUGUACACAUACAGUACUGUGUGAGUACAAUUUUGACAACGUUAAUACACAUAUACAUACACACACAAAGUAUGUGGACCCCCUCAAAUUAGUAGAUUCAGCUAUUUCAGACAUAGGUGUAUAAAGUCGAGCACACCGCCAUGCAAUCUCCAUAGGCAAACAUCAGCAAGAGAAUGGCCUUACUGAAGAGCUCAGUGACUUUCAAGUUGACACCAUCAUAGGAUGGAUACCAACAAGUCAGUUCAUCAUAUU